CGAGGUGGAGGAUUUACAACCCAAACAUCACAUUAGGGUUUGACAAAGUUGCUGAAUUUAUGAUAGCCUGAUAAGAUUCUGAGUAUGGAAGGAGAAAGUAGUGUUGAUAAGCUCACUGGGGACAAACCAUGGAAAUGUGUGGACUGCAAAGUGGGAUUCAGAUAUCCAUCUCAGCUGGAAACUCAUCGACGUACUCACACUGGAGAGAGGCCAUUCCUUUGCUCUGUCUGUGGGAAGAGAUUUGCUCUGUCAUCAGACCUGUUAAGACACCAGCGGGUUCACACUGAGGAGAGACCUUUUAAAUGCUCAGACUGUGGGAAAUGCUUUAAAAGUUCUGGGAACCUGCUGUCCCAUCAACGUGUUCACACUGACGAGAGACCAUUCAGGUGUUCUCACUGUGGGAGUCGUUUCAGGCGAUCGUCCCAUCUUGCUGUACACGAGCGAACUCACACUGGGGAAAGAUUCACCUGCCCCAAGUGUGGGAAAGAAUUCACUCGGUCAUCCAGAUUGCUGAAACACCAGAAAAUUCACACUCAGCCGAAACAAUUGACCUGCCCUGAAUGUGGGAAGGGAUUCACUGAGUUGUCCUCCCUGCUGAGUCACCAGCGAGUUCACACUGGGGACAGACUAUUUAUAUGUUCCAAGUGUGGUAAGGAAUUCACUCAUUCAUCCAAGCUGCUAUCAGACCAGGAAGUUCAAACUGGGAAGGGGCCAUUCACCUGCCCUGAGUGUGGAAAAGAAUUCACUCUGUUAGCCACUCUGCUGACUCAUCAGUAUGUUCAUGCACCACCAUUAACUUGUCCUGCAUGUGUGAGGGACUCGCUCUGUUAGCCACUGUACUGACAUCAGCAUGUUCACGCAUCACCUGCAUGAAAUGUGAGAAGGAAUUCACUCAGUUGUCCCACUCAUUGAGAUGCAGCAAGUUCACAAUACAGUGAUUGGAUUUUUCUGUUAAUCAUAUCCAAGACUGGCCUGAUUUAAUGUCUUCAUAAUAAAGCAGCUUCUCAAUAACAGUCAUCACCACAAGAUUUAAUUUCCCAUUCAUUUUUACGGAGAGAAGAGUUGGUCUAUGACUAGACAUUGGAAGUCAAAUAAAGGCAAAGACACAAGUGGCUAAACUGAACUGAGAUAUGAAGUUUCUGGGUGACUAGAUGAGACACUUGAGAAGAUAUUUCAUUACAUUCUGCAACUUUGCUUUCUGGUGUGAAAGAAGGAUUCUAGGAGAAGGCUGCACAUCUAUGGAUAACUAAGAAUAUUAAAGAGUGCAUAAAGUUGAAAGAAAAGAAGUUAUAAUUGUGUGAAGAUGAGAAAGAAUUUAACAAUAGUAUAGAUCAAGAAAAAAAUGUAUGAAAUGGGAGUAUGAGAUAAACUGGCUAAAACUAUGAAAACAGAGGUUCUGUAAGUGUUCUAAAAUGAAACGUAUUAUUCUUCUACUGAAUGUGUUUGGGAAUGAAUAUUGGAUAUUAAGGAAUUCACAGAAAUGUUAAACAGAUAUUUUUGGGGUAUGUGCAUUGUAUAUAAAUAACAUCACAAAUGUAACAGAAAAUCAAGGCAUGAAAGGGAGAGAGAAACUUGAAAUAAUUGCAACCAUCAAGGAAAGGAUACAGAGACAAUGAUUGGAGCUAAAGGUUGACAAGUAUUCAGAAUCUGACGGCCUGCAUCUUGGGUUCUGAAAAGCAAUUGUUGUGGACAUCCUGCAUGCUCUAAUUCUAAUUUUCCAAAAUAUUCAGAAUUCCAUAAAGAUUACGUCAAAUUAGAAAAUCACAAAUAUAAUUCCUCUAUUCAAGAAAUAAUAGAGACAGGACGCAGGAAUCAACAGGCUUCUGAGCCUGAUAUCUAUCAUAGAGAAGUUGUUAGAAUCUAUUCAGGAUGUUAUAGAAUGACACGUAGAAGAUUGAAAUGCAGUCUGCAGAGUCCAUGUGAUUUUGUGAAGGGAAAUAGCAUUUGACAAAUUUAUUAGUGUUCUUUGAGGAAUCAAUGUGGAUAAAACACACCCUGCCAAUGUGAUGUGAUAUUUCUAAGUGACAUUUUAAAAGGUGACGACACGAAAAGCUUCUAGUGAAGAGAAUGAUAUUAAUAUGAAUACAGGAUUGGUUAGAUAACAGGGAGCAGAGAGUAGAGAUAACUGGAUGAUUUUCAGGUCGGUGAGCUGUAAUUAGUGAGGUGCCACAGGGAUCAGUGCUGGGACCUCAAUUUUCUUACAAUUCAUGUCAAUGACUUCAAUAAGAGACUGACUAGAUUUGUUUAUGAUUUAAUGUAGACAGGAAAUGAAGUUAUGAAAAAAAAAUGAGUUGAGGAUAAGUGAGUGGGUGAGAAAAAUGACAGAUGGAAUAAAAUGUAAGAAAAUAUGGGCUUGUGCAAUUUGGCAGGUAGACUAGCAAAACAGCAUGUUUCAAUUAGAGAUUACAGAACAAUGAGGCACAGAGGUCUGGCUGUCCUGAUAAAUUCAUCACAGCACGUUAGCAUGCAGAUAUAGCAAGUGAUUAGGAAGGGAAAUGGAAUGUCAUUGUUUCUCUAAACUGGUCCCUGUAAAGAGAGGUCUGUCCUAUGAUGAAAAACUGAGUAAAUCAUGCCUGGGAUCUCCGAAAUUUGGAAGAUUAAGAUGUAAUCUCAUUAAAAUAUACAGAAAUCGGGAGGGGAUUUACAAUACAGAUUCCAAAUGACCUUGUUUCUCUCUAUCUCUGUAUUCCCCAGUCACACAACCAUUUGGAAUACCAGUCUUUUCUCAUUCUGUCCUCUUUGCCUCCCUGAUUUUAAUUACUCCACCAGUGGUGUCUUUGCCUGGAUGUGAAGCUCUAAAAUUACCUCUCUAAACGUCUUCCCCCCUGUCACUUGGUAAUAGAUGCUUGUUUGACAUGGGAUCUCCCACUUACUAGGAUGCUGCUUGGGCUGCAGCAAUUCAACUAUGAAGAGAGACGGAUAGGCUGGGGUUGUUUUCCCUAGAGCAGAGAAGGCUGAGCGGUACCUGAUUGAGAUGUACAAAGAUUUUGAGGGAAGUAGAUAGGAAGAAACUUUAACUUUGGUAGAGGGGUCACUAAUGAGGUGGGACAGUCUUAAGAUAAACCCCAGGAGGUGCAAAGUGGAUUGCAUGGAUUUUCUUUCAUUCAGAGGGUUGUAGACAAUGGGAACCUGCUGCCUAAAAAGGCUGGAAUGCUCGGGCAUUUAGGAAGUAUUUUGAUCAGCAUUUGGAACACCACGACAUACGAGGCUAUGAGUCCCGUGCUAGAAAAUGGGAUUAAAACAGAGAGAUUAUUGAGUGCCGGCAUGUAUACGACGAAUCAAGGUGCCUCUUUAUAUGAUGUCAAUCUCUAUGACUCUAUUAAAUACCAUUCCUAAUGUCAGUAGUUACUUCAACUGUUUCUUGAAGAAACUCCUUUGAAGACUAUUGACACAUUUUAUUACUUUAAGCAUGUUAGAAAGCAAGCUUGAUACUAUUUCAUGUCAUCAGUUUGUGCAGAGUAAAAUUCAUAAGUAGCAGUUGGUGGGAUUACCCAGAUUAAUGCAGAUUUUUUGGGACGUGGAUUGUUUAAGGCACAAGUCUUGGUCCUACAACAUCAGGUUAACUCCUGUGGACAGUGUUUAGAAUUGUGGUCUGUGCUGAGAGUGGAGCUGAUUGAGCUGACAGACCUGUAGUGAACUUCAAAAAACUGCUGUAUGGGAACUUUCCUCUUCAUUCAGUGACUUCCUGCUGAAGUUGAUUCUGCAUAAAACAGGUCACUAUGAAUCUCAAUUCUAAUGCAAUCUUUGGAGCAAAGUUUACAACUUUAAAUCAGCUGUAAAGCAGAAAGAAAGUCCUCAUGUUUAUUUUGCCUCUUUCGCAUACUCAGAAUGUCGCAAAAUGAUUCACAGUGUAUGAUGAAUUUUGUAAGGAGCAAUGAGGAGGGGCAGAACUAACUAAAUGAUACAACUUUAAACAAGAGUACCUGGGAGUGUAUUACAACAAAUCUUAGAAGGUGAAAUGUUAUGUUGCUCAAGCUUAAUGAUCCUUAGUUAAGAUUUCCUAAAUCUUCGUAAAUCAUUGAUUCAUCCUCAGCUGCAAUAUUCUGUUCAGUUCUGAGGACCAGACUUUAGGAAAUAUGUCAGGUUCUUUGAGAGAGUGUGGGAUCAGUUUCUCAGUAUCAGGGAUGAGGGGUUUUAGUUCAGUAGAGGAACUGGAGAAGCUAUUCUCAGAAGAGUAUGAAGAGAGGAGGAAUACUGCAGGGAGUAACUCCCAUCCUGAUUCCCCAAAGCCUGUCCACCAUCUACAAGGCACAGGUCAGAGUCUAGUGGAAAUUACCUACUUUCCUGGAUGAGUGCAGCUCCAAUAACACUCAAGAAGCUUGACACCAUCCAGGACAAAGCAGCUGGCUUCAUUAACAUCACAUGCACAAGUAUGCACUCCAUCUACCACCGUGACUGAGUAGCAAUAGUAAAUACUAUCUACAAGAUGCACCUCAGAAAUUUGCCAAUAAUCCUGAGACAGCACCUUCCAAACAUAAGAACUACAAGCAGGAGUAAACCAUCUGGCCCUCGAGCCUGCC